GACAGCGGUGUUACUGAGUGAAGGCUCACCUGUGUGUCUGCUCUGGGAGCUGGGCAGGUGAACUUUGAUCUCGCAGCGGCGCAAACGGCACACAGUGACGUCAGGGUGCGUUUUUUCUGGCUGGUUACGUCAGCAGCUGCGUGUUGUUGCAGAGUCACUGCGACUGUUCGACUGUAAACAAGCUGAAGAAAGCUCGGCCUCUCCGUCCGUCCCCCGCCUCUGCUGUUAGACACAGCCUGUAUGUAUCAGUGAGAGACGUCGUGGUUCGGCUCUGACCGUCCCUCCGCGCUGUGUUAGUAAAGGAACAGGUCUUUAUUUAUCGCAGAGACACGAACACGGAGCUAGCCGUCCGAGCUAGCCUGUCAGUCCCCUUAGCUUACCUUAGCCUUCGCUAGCCUCGCUGGCUAGUCAACAUCUGAGGGCCUGUGGCGAGAGAAACACACUUUAUGCCCUGGGUUUGGCUCUCUUUACUGCGACCAGGAUAUCCUGAACCCUGGGUGGCUGGUCGGAGCAGCCUCCUCCAACCAUGGAGGCAGGAGGGAAAGACUGUGAGGAGGAAACACUGCAGACAGCCUUUAAAAAGCUGAGGGUUGAUGCCGAGAGUUUACCCGGAACUGUGAGUGUUUCGGAGGUGUUGGCUCCGAGAGCAGCAUCACGCGCCUGUCUCGACUCCAGCGGAGCGAAGCCCAAACUCAGCUGCCCAAAGGACAACUGGCACGGCUGUAUGAGGAAAACCUCUAGAGGAGCGUCCAGAACCCAGCGGCGCCGCAGGUCCAAGUCCCCCAUCCUCCACCCUCCGAAGUUCACCUACUGCAGCAGCAGUGCAGCGUCUGCACUGUCGCCCUCUAGUGGCUGCCUGAAGCACCAGCGCCUGGCGGUGCCCGAGCCUGUGGAGCCUCAUCUCACGGUCGAUGGAAGAACGGUCUCCUCUGUAGUCAUCCCAGCCCAGAAAGAGCUCUGCUCUUCAGGCACUCCCGGCCACAUCUCCCCUCUGGUUUUUGGAUCUUGUGCUGGGUAUAAGACCCAGAUUGAAGCAGUGGUUUCCUCUCAAGAGAUCCCCGCUGUUAUUAAUACUGUGGCACCAGCAGCCAGGCAGGAUGGAGAUGUCCAGUCGAGUGAGGAGAGUGGCCCAGAGAAAAGUGCCUGUGACGGAGCAGAGUCUGGACCAGGAGCACCCCAGUUAUCUGGACCUGCGGAAGCUGCCGACUUCCGAGCUUUAUCAGAGCUCCACAGCAACGGCUCGGAAGACGGUCCCCAGGCUCCCUGCUCCUGUGCCUGGAGGAAAAGCUCAGAUUCACAGAAAGAGAGCCGGCAGGAGGCUGAAUGUCAGUGCCAGUGCCAGUCCAAUCAUCAGGGCUGGGCUGGUGUGGAGGUCUACUCCUUUACUGGGCUUCGAAAUGUCAUCUCAGAGUGCGAGAGGAGCCUGCCGAGCCACGAGGACGCCUCCAGAACUCUCAGCACCAACAGUAACGCUGCCACAGCUACGUCACCGUCAUCACUUUCGUCAGGUUCCCCUCGCUCCUGCUCGGAGCAGGCGCGGGCCUACGUCGACGACAUCACAAUAGAGGACCUUUCUGGAUACAUGGAGUAUUAUCUCUACAUCCCCAAGAAGAUGUCACACAUGGCUGAGAUGAUGUACACUUAAAUAAAGCAAGAAUUAUUAUUGUUAUUAUUAUAUCAUAAGGAAAUAAUUCAGUAAAGAGGUUUUUUUCUGUUGUUGAGGGAAACUGUGGCCUCGAAGGAAUGUCAGUAGUGGGUAGAAGAACUGAUCAGGCAUGAGAGUUGUGAUUUAAAUAUACAACGUUAACUGAUUUUAACCCAGGAUGAAAUGUUUCCAUUGUCCCUGCCCUGUUUGACCCCCCCUUUACUAGAACUGACAGAAUCCGAUCAUCGCAGACUACUUCUCAUUAGUUUUGACAUUCAGACUUUUUUUUGUGCUCUCUUUAAGUUUAAUUUUCAGUUAAUACAUUUAAGUUGCCAAAGCUCUUGGUGCAGGGUGUCGCUGACAGAGAUAACAGCAGGAAGAUGCAAACUUGUGAUGCCAAGUGUUUGUGGUGUUGUGACCUUGAACGUCACCUGUCUGGAUUUCAUUCUUCACUCAAUAAAGAAGCAAACUGUGUUUGUUGGAA